AUGACACGUCAUACAUUAAGGAAAGACCAUACAGACAUCGCGAGACAAGCGAUUUUCUGGAAUGUCCAAGGAAAUAGGACUAGGGGCCAACGGAGAAUUACUUGGCGUACAACUGUUGAACGGGAGGCGGAACAACAGAACAAGAAGCUGCAGGAAAUAGCAGCUUUGGCCGAGAAUCGAAAUAAUAUUUGGUCAGUACACAUUGAGUUGAUAAGGAUGAACAUUUUUAUGCUUCUUUUUAUGCUGACAUUGAUUGCAAUCGUACAAUCAGUUACAAUUAACACCAGCCCAUUGGAUGUGACAUGCAACAUAACAAAAAUUAACCUUGAUUAUGUCGACAAUGUCAAUGUCUGCCAUGUUACAAGCUCUUUAAAUAUUACGAAUCCCAACGAAAGUGUCAACUUAGUAAAUUCAGGAAAUACAAAAAUUGAUGGCGUUGUCAUUCACAAUAAGGAAGUUCAUUGGUUGCCACAAUUUGAUGAUUCAGUAGCUUCAAACUUACGAGUUCUUGUUGUUGAGCGAUCACAUUUGAAAGGAUUAACACAAAAUUGUUUAAAAAUGAUGACUAAUUUGGAGUCUUUGGAUCUAAACAGCAAUGACAUUGAAGAAUUGAAAAAUAAGCCAUUUGAGUUCAACAAAAAAUUGACUUUUAUAAAUUUUUUAAGGAACAAAAUUAAAUUCGUAGAAGUCGGAACCUUUGACAGUCUUGAGAACUUGAAUCGUUUGUACUUCCGCAAUAAUAAGUGCAUAUCGAGUGGUGGAAAUGCCAAAAAUAAGGAAAAAGUAAGGAAAUUACUAAUAAUCAUCUAUGAUUCGUGUAAAGCUUUAAAUGAAGGCAAGGAUAUCAAACGAUUGGUGCUGUAUAUUUACUUUAAGAUAAGUGUAAAAGUUUUAAUUGAAAAUAAUAAAGAUCUUAAAAAUUAUUACAGAAUUAUUGUCUUGAUUUAUGCAGUUAAGGGACAUACUUUUAGUGAUGUAGCUUUAAAUGCUGUAGAUUGGAAGCCAUUAGAUGUGUUAUGCAAUGUAACGAAAAUUAAUCUUGAUAAGGUUGAUGAUGUCACUGUUUGCCAUGUUACCAGCUCUCUAAAUAUUACGAAUCCCUACGAAAGUGUCAAUUUGGUUCAUUCAGGUCAUACACAGAUUGAUGGAUUUCUAGUUCGAAAAAAGUCAGUUCUUUGGUUGCCACAAUUUGAUGACACAACAGCUUUGAAUUUAAGAAUUCUUACAGUUGAGGAUUCAAAGUUGAAAGAAAUAACUCAAAAUUGUCUAAAAUUGUUGAUAGAUUUGGAAUCAUUGGAUCUUAACAGCAAUAACAUUCAGGAAUUAAAAAACCAGCCAUUUGAGUGCAAUAAAAAAUUAACGUUCAUUAAUUUGACAAACAAUAAAAUCAAAUUUAUUGAACCAGGAACUUUUGAUGAUCUUCAGCACUUGAAUGGUUUGUACCUUCAUAAAAAUGAUUGCUUUACUAAAGGCGCAAAUGCAAAAACUAGGGACAACGUUAAAAGGUUAUUAAUAAUGCUACAAACUGUCUGCAAAGCAUCAAAUGAAAAGCCCAAAACUACAACAAGUAAGAAAAGGAGAUCAACAACCAAAGAAUAUUCAAGACAUACAACAAGUACUGAACAAAAUAUCAAUAACUUGAACAUCAGCACAUCCACCAGUGAACCAUUUCAGAUUGAUUCAACUUCACAUUCUUAUAAAAUUGCAAUUUUAUCUGCAAUUCUAUUGACACUUAUUGUUACAAUUGCCUGUGCUGUUCGCCAUAAUUCAUCUGCUCCAAAAAACACUGAAAGUCAGUCAAGCAACGGAAAUUCAGAAGAAUUAAGUAAGAGAACCAAGAACAGCCAUGCAGUACUAACAAGCAUCAACCCAGAUCACAAUAUAAUUGAAAUUCCUCAAAGAACAUCAGAUAUUUACGAAGAUAUUCUGGAAUAUCAAAGAUCGAUAGAUGAAACUUAUCAAAAUCCUUUGGACGAUGAAAUCGCGGAUGAGAUUUUAAAAAGUAACUUUAAUCAUGAUGAUUUCUAUGAAGAGAUUAUGAUUGAUGCUGCAAAGUUUUCAGAUGAUCUGAUGAAUGGUGAGCUACAAGAUCAACUAUACAACGGUUCAGACGAUUUUUAUAGCCAAACUGUGGAUGAAUUAAUUCCUAACAUUUGUGAAAAUGAAGAAUCUAAUCAAACUUAUGCAAAUCAAUACGAUUUUGACCAAAAUCAGCAAAAUGUUUUAACAGAUUCUAUUGAAGUUGAUCAAACUCAAGAUAAUUCUGAAGACAUAUAUGCUGAAACCUACAUCAAUGUACCACAAGAACCUGUAAAUGACAUAUACGCAACUGUUCAGAAGAAUUAG